CUCAGCUUGUCCUGUGCUGGGCUCAAAGCCACGUUGCUGCUUCUCUGGAAUUCCGCACAAGUCCCCCUGCAGAAGGGAAUCCACGAAAUGAGGCCGAAGUUUCUCUGCAGCGGUUUUCCAGAUGGUUUGAUGUUCGGUGUCUUUGUUUUCCUGCUUCGAUCUGUUUCUACACAGAAAAUCAGAAAUCUGAUUUAUUUCUUGGAAAAUGGAGGCAACAUUACGUUAAAAGGACCGGACAAUCCUGGGAGCAACGUCAUUGUUUGGGAAUGGGAACCACACUCAGGGCAUGGAAUCCAGACAGUGUUAACUGGCAGCAGAGCGGACAAGCAUUGGACCAUCCAGUGGGGCGAUGGCUGGAGAGACAGAGACAAGACCCAGGAGGUGGAUGUGGAUGCCAGUACUUGUAAUCUGACAAUAAAAAACAACACAUUUAAAUGGGCGGGAUUCUUCACUUUGUCUAAAACACAACCGAGGAAGCAAAUCCUGAAACAAUAUGAAAUAUUUGGGAUCAAAGUUGAGGCAGACUCACCGAGGCCAGUAAUGGGCAGUGACAUCACCCUCAGCUGUACCAUCUCCAGACUCCCAGAUACCGUCAGUCUUCACUGGAAACCAAGAGGCUCAUCUCAGCAGAACAGGAGGAACAACACUGAUCAGAUCCAUCUGAAUAACAUCGUCUAUCUGAUGAUCCAACAUGUUGGAGCAGGAAAUCCCAAUCUGUACACAUGGGAAGUGCUGGAAAAUGGCUCCAUUGUUCUCACUGGAGACACCAAUGUUGAAGUGGAUCAGGAUUUACAUAACAAGGCGUACACAGUUUAUCGUUCAGUCACAGAUCACAGUGAACUCGACCUGAUUUGUGAAGCUUCUCUUGAGCUCAAUGAAACCAAAUGGACUUGGAGAUCACAACGUGUCCAAAAUCAAGAGAAGGAAAUAGAUUCUUCUCACAGGUCUGAGCCGAUCCAUGUCGACAUGAGUUACUUUGGGAAUCGACUGAAAACCACAGAGGGAAAUGUGAAUGGCACGAAUUUCCGUGUGAGGAUUGUCCCCGUGCAGUUUGCAGAUGCUGGAGUUUACACAUGUUACAUAGGAUCAAAUAAAUAUGUCACCAUUGAUCUAAUCACAGUUACAGCUGAACAAUCUAAUGCAGCGACUGAGGGAGACAACGUUACCCUGACCUGCUCUGUGUCAAAGGUCACUGAGUCAAUGAGACUUGUUUGCAUCAAUGGUGAUGGCAAAAUAGUGGGAGAGAAAAUUUCCAAGGAGCCAAGGCAGGAAGAGAAAUCUUUACAGCUGAUCAUUCCAAAAGCUGUUGCAGACAAAAGGAAUCAUCCCUGCGGUUUGUUUCUUCAAAAUACUCCCAAGGUUUUAAUUCCAUAUGGUCUGAAUUCAUUGCAACCCAAUGAUUAUUCCCCUCCAAAGCAAAUUAUUAUUAUCAUUAUUAUUAGCAUCAUGGCUUCUCUGCUCUUCAUUAUCCUGACAGUGGUGGUGUUUCGGGGAAUUCGUAAGUGGAGAGUCUCUGCAGAAACAGAAGAUAUCCAUUAUGGAUCUAUCACCUUCCAGAAAAAAGCGGCAACAGGGCGCCGUGAUGGAAAAUCACCCUCCAACCAAGAGACAGAUAUGUACCUGGCUUCUUCAAGGAACGACGAUUCAUCUGUCAUCUAUGCUCAAAUAGCACAAACAAAGAUGUGAAUGAAGCGGAAAAAAAGUUCCACUCAUUGAGACGGAAAUGUAGAAUGAAGCUUUUUUGUGAACUGAAUUUUUACUUUCCAACUGCUGCAGCUUUUAUCUUUUGUACUGCGGGAAGGCCAAGCUGGGGCUCAGAACACUCGGGUUUGGGGAGAACUUUGAAUAUGGUCAGAGGGAUCAUUUUAGAUGUGAAUGCAAAUAAUCCAAAGGAAAAGGAGGACAGGGUGGAUAUUCUGAACUUUUUCCCCAGGAUGGAAAUACUGGAGGGUAUAGCCUUAAGAUGGGU